GGUUGGUGAUAAUAAUAGAAUGAUGAUCAUUACUAAUGUUGCAUUACUAGUUUAUGAAUUGUAAUAUUAAUUAGAUUUUAUUUGUGUAGAUUACGGGAAAAUCCGUGCUAGAGGAAAAUAUGUCUGGCAUGCUACUGAAUGAGGUGCAGCACAUCAGAGGAAAAUUUGCAUCGUGCCUUCCUAUUUUCGUGGCCCCAAAUGAUAUCAGAUAUGUUUAUAAACUAGCUAGAGAAACAAUAGUUUAUGAAACAAGGAUACAAGUGGACGCUCAGAAAACGACUUGCGCUAUAUGUUUAGAUGAAGAUAUCAAUGCUGAUCAGAUGUUUUCUGUUGAUAAAUGUGGUCAUUGGUUUUGUUCCGAGUGUGUGAAACGACAUAUAGAAGUAAAGCUACUGGAGCAAGGUUUUGUGAGAUGUCCUCAGCAUCGCUGCAAGUCUAAGUUGACUUUUACACGCUGUGCUUAUCUUUUGACUCCUAAACUACAAGCCAUAUGGUUACAAAGGAUUAAAGAGGAUUCAAUUCCUGUAUCGGAGAGAUUCUAUUGCCCGAACCCUAGGUGUUCUGCUUUAACGUCGGAAAAGGAGCUCUGGAAAUCUACUAGAGAAGCUGGAGUUAGGAGAUGCUGCGGUAAAUGCGGUGAACCCUUUUGCAGCAGAUGUAAAGUUCCGUGGCAUAGCAAUAUGUUGUGUGACCAUUACAAGAGGUUGCAUCCAAAUCCUACGGAAAACGACAGAAAGCUAAAAGCUCUAGCAGACGAGAAGAUGUGGCGUCAGUGCGGAAUGUGUCAACACAUGAUUGAACUUUCUCAAGGCUGCAUCCGCAUAAAGUGCAGGUAUCAUCUCUAUAUAAUCACACUACCCUUCGAAUAUGUUUAAUGUUUAAAAUCUGAUUAACCUUUAUUGUAUUCGUUAGAUGUGGUCAUGAAUUUUGCUACCAGUGUGGAGCCGAGGCUGGACGUUGCCCUCAUGGACAUGGCCCUGACCCAAGGGAGGUACGGCCGCUACCAAUGUGGCUACACAUCUUGUCUUGGGUUAUCUUUUUGGGAAUCACUAUUUUCGGUAUUUGGUACUAAAGUAGAACAGAUUAAAUGCUUUUUUUUUUUGAAAAGGAGA